AUGGACCUCAACAAUCUCAAGAGCAUGGCCAAUCGUGCUGGUAAUACACUGUACUUUGCUGGUGCAGCGGCCGCAGAGAUUGGCAAGGAAAAGGGCACGCAGGCACUGGCAGUUGCAUCGGGAGCGGCUGCAGUCGGAUGCGACAGAAUGAAGAGCUCUACGACGUUCCAGAGCGCCACAGUAGCGGCUACAGUGGGCCGUGAGAAGGUCAAGACAUCGCAGGCUUUCCAAGUGGCGUCGUCAGCCGCCGUCGUUGGUAAAGAGAAGGCGUCGACCGCCGCGUCAACCGCUGCGACCGUCGCGACCGCCGGCCGUCUUAAGGCCGUGAGUGCGCUCGUUUUGGCCAAGAAUCGCAUUACAGGAGCUAAGACCUCAUCUAGUUCUCCAGAUCCUGUUAAUUUACCGUCGGCUGAGAAGGAAUUUUACAACCGAUGGCGAGCUCGAGCUCGAACCUCUCAUGCCGGAUCGACUGCUCGACGAGAAGGCAGUUCUAGACCUGCUACGGGAUCAAACUCCAAGUCUGGUGCAAGUGCUGGAUCGAGCAAGACCAGCAGUAGCAGCUCCAAUAGCAAGUACAACCAUCGAUCGGGCGGUGAGAGCAGACGACCUGGUGGCAGCAGACGCAACGAAGGAGACAAGCGAUUGUAG